AUGAUUCGGUUAGAAUCAACUGCAAAACUAAGUCAAAGCCUAUUUGCUCUGGAUCUACUGGCCCGGACGCUUGAAUCUAUUCCACCGCAAACAACUACAAGUUCACGACCGACUUCCAGUAGCCAGUCUCAAAUACCGGUGAGGACCUCACCAUCAACCCGAUCCGAAUCCGCUUCGUCUACAAACAAGAAAGUUGGUGAGUGGUUGCGUGCUGCAGCUCAGUGCCUCUUCAAGCAGUCGAUUGGAGCUCCCGACAACCGUCGUUGGCGGCCUGAACUGGAAAACCUUGGAGGGGAGCAGAACCCGGCGGCGGUUCGGCGACGUGCGACAGCUGCUAGGCUCGGCUUGCGCGUGGACCGCCGGGCUUUGGCGGCGAUUCAAAGGUUUGACUCAGCGGGUGAUCGAACGUUGUCGUGGCUGGCCGUCGGGAAAAUCAAACAGAUCCGGGUCGCCGGUGGCCGCACGCGGCGACACGUGAGGCGGAUGACGCUGGCGAUAGGCUGCUCGAUCGUGAAGAACCUGGCCGAAAAUUCGAAUCCUCCCGGUGGCACAGGCGUAAAUCUCGGAGGCUCUCGCUUAUGGUGGUCGUCGGAAAGGAGGGCUGUUGUUCGUGAAGCCUUUGCACAGAGGCUGGUCACUCCCGGCGGACUACUGCGGCUAUCCCUAACACACUACAACAAGCAACAAUAUAGUCAUCAGUUUUAA